AUGCCCACCAAGAUCUUCAUCACUGGCGUCACAGGCUACAUCGGAGGCGACGUCCUCUACUGGCUGCACAAAAACCACCCAGACUUCGAAUACUCCACCCUUGUCCGUUCCCAGGAGAAAGCAGACAAGGUCCUAGCACAAUACCCCGACAUACGCAUCGUUUUAGGAAACCUCGAUGACUCCGAGAAGAUUGAAAAGGAAGCCUCCUGGGCUGACAUUGUCGUUCACACAGCCGAUGCUUCAGAUAACGUCAACGCAGCCAAAGCCAUAGCCAAAGGCCUCAUUGAAGGCCACACCCCCUCUCGCCCAGGCUACUGGCUACACACAGGCGGCACAGGCAUCCUAACAUACCUAGACUCCGAAGUCAACAAAACCGAAGGCGAUCCAUCCCUCAAAGUCUUCGACGACUGGGACGGCGUCUCCGAGCUCGUCAACCUCCCACCCGAGGCCUUCCACCGAAACGUCGACGAGAUCGUUCUCAAAACAGGCACCGAGCACGCCGAUAGCGUCAAGACGGCCAUCGUGUGUCCCCCUACCAUCUACGGCAAGGGCAGGGGACCCGGGUCGACGCGGAGCAGACAGGCUUACGAACUUGCCAAGUUUAUCUUGUCUGAGGGGUAUGUCCCGCGCGUUGGACGGGGCCUCGCGAGGUGGAAUAACGUGCAUGUGUACGAUGUGAGCAGGUUAUUCGAUGCGCUUGUCAACGCCGCCAUCGAUCCUUCGCGGGCUGAUGAUGAGGAGUUGUGGGGUGGGAAGGGAUAUUACUUGUGCGAGAAUGGCGAGCAUAUCUGGGGCGAACUGGCGGAAUUCAUUGGGAAGGAGGUUUUGGAGCAGGGUUAUUUGAAGGAGAAGCCCGAGGUGAAGGAGUUGUCUGUUGAGGAGGUGGCUAAGUCGCCAGCGGGCUUUGAUGCGGUGAGUUGGGGGUGGAAUUCGCAGGGGACGGCGCAUAGGGCGAGGAAACUACUUGGAUGGGAGCCGACGGAGAGGAGUAUAUGGGACGAGGUGCCUGAUAUAGUCCACUCCGAAGCUGCUUUGUUAGGUCGGUAG